GCUUGUCCUUCUUUUAAUAUUUCAUCACAUCGUACUCUUUCCAAUUUACUUCUUGAUAAAGAAUACACGAAUCUACAAUCAAAUGUUAACAAGUCACCAAUAAUUAAUUAUAUGAUUACUACACCUGAUCUGAUUUUUUAUAAAUUGGUUUGUACUAAAGAAGAACAUCACACUGUGAAAAAUAUAGCUAAAGGGAUUGAAAAUGUAAUGCAUGAAAUUAAUAUUGAUAAGUUUUUACAAAAAGAAAUCUACAGUUUUGAAAUUGCUUUUGUUUUAACCAUCAAUACAAGAUGGAUAUCAACGUUUGAGUGUCUUGAUCAUGUUUUACGAACACAAGCUGCAAUUUAUGCUAUAUUAACUGAAAAUAGCAUUGAAUUAGACAAAAAUAUUGAAGCAAUUAUUGUAAAUUAUACGUUUUGGGUAGAUCUAAAAAGACUUCAUGAUUUUUUAGAACCAUUCAUUAUUUUUAUACGUCAAUUAGAGAUAGAACUUUGUGACGUUACAUUACAAGCAACUAAAAAUCGAUGUGUUAAUUUUUUAUACAAUCCGGCAAUUAUAGUUGCAUAUAUGCUUAAUCCUAGAUAUCGUGGUAAAGAUCUUGAUCUCCAAAUAUGGGCGGAUAUAAUAAAUAAUAAAGUGAUUCAAAUUGCAGGAGUUGAUAAUAAAAUUCAAGUAUUAGAUGAGUUAGCAGAAUAUAUUGGAAAAUCAGCAAAUAAGCUUGUCUAUAUUUAUUGGAAUACACAAAUUCUCCGUCAGUUGGGAAGAUCUGUAUUAAUUAACAAUCCACAAGAAACAUCUGUUAAUUCAGAUAAUCAAGAACUUGAUAUUAAUGUAGAUAAUGAUGAAAAUGAAGAGCUUAAUAAAAACUUUAUCAAUUUUUCUAAUUGGCUUCUUAAUACAUUCGACAACUGUGAGUAUGAAUUUGAUAAUUAUUCUGAGUAA